AUGUUGCCAUUACCAUUCUACGCUGGCGGGACCCUGGGGUCUCCCUUAGUAACGGCAGUAGCCGGCACAGCGACCAUCUUGUCUGUGGCGGUUUACCUGUUUUAUCUUUGGCUGCGACCAAAACCGGUUCCUGGAAUUCCUUACAAUGUCGAAGCCACCAAGACAAUAUGGGGAGAUCUACCUGCCUGGAACCGGUACGCUGCUCAGAAUGGCGAACUUAGUUCGUGGUUGGGCGAGCUCUGCCUCAAGCACCAAUCUCCAGUUGCCCAGGCCUUCAUACACCCCUUCUCAAAACCGUGGAUCUUGGUGGGAGAUUUUCACGAGGCGCAAGAUAUUCUCAUGAGGCGAACCGACUUUGAGAAGCCCCAGUUCUUGAUCGACGGUCUGGCUGCGCUGGGCGGUUUCCACGCCAGGUUCAAGACGAAUGACCCCAGAUUCAAGGCCAGCCGCCAGAUCAGGCAAGAUCUGAUGGCGCCCAAAUUCCUCCACGGCUACAUUGGCCCAUUUGCGCAUACCAAGGGGCUCCAGAUCGUUGAGCUCUUCAAGGCGAAGGCAGAGCUUGCCAAUGGUCGACCGUUUCGCAUGCAAAAGGACUUCGCCCGUGUUGUCCUCGACAUCAUGCUCCACCACGCAUUCGGCGAGGAGCACGAGGAUUCGGCAAUGGAGCCCCAACUGGAACUCAUCACCAAAAUGACGCCGUCCUCGAUACCCAAAGGAGGCAAGGACGAACCCGUGGAGUUUCCGGACGCGCCCCAAAGUUUCUUUUUCGAGCUCCUCCACGAAACGGCCGAAGUCAUGGAACGCACCACCAUUUCACCAACACCACGCCUCAGCCAUUGGUGGUGGUCCAAACAAAAAUGGUACAAGCACAUGGUCGAAGAACGGCACAACGUCAUGGGCGGCCUGCUGCGCAAGGCCGCCGCCAAUGUCCGCGCGGGCAGGGCCGAGUCCGCCCUCGAGCACAUGAUGAUGCGCGAGCUGGCCCUGGCCGAGAAGCAGGGCCGCGAGGCCCAGCUUGUCACCCGCGAGCUGUCGGACGAGAUCACACCCAACACCGGGCUCCGCGAGGAGCUGUACGCCACCUUCCCGCAGGCUGUUCACGAGGAGCGGCCCCCGACGUUUGAGGAGCUGCGCCAGGCGAGGCUGCCCUACCUGGGAUGCUGCAGCCAGUGUUUUAUGCUCAGCGCGGGGCCGGGCAUUGAGGGGGGCCGUCUGUUCCCGUGGACGAGUCUAAGCGGGAGCCCGUCCUCCAAGGCCGGCAAGCGCUGGGGUGUGUGGGACGAGUCGCGAGACCUGAAGCUUUUUGAGCCCGAGCGCUGGCUUGUGACGAGAGAGGAUGGGGGGUAUGAUUUUGAUGCGACUGCUGGCCCGCAGCUCGGGUUUGGAAUGGGGCCGCGACAGUGCUGGGGUCGGAGGCUGGCGCAGCUGGCGGUCAGGACGGUCAUUGCGUUGGUGGUGUGGGAGUUGGAGAUGUUGGAGAUACCGGAGGAGCUGGGAGGUUAUGCUGGGUUGGAUGGCAUCUCGCGCCAGCCGAUCAAGGCCUUUGCACGCAUGAGGAAGAUAACCCCUUACAAGGUCCAAGCACCGGGUGCGUAA